AUGUCUGUCCAAGUGCCACACUGUUGGACCUGCAAUGCCAUCUUUGACUCUGUCGAGGCAGCGCGUAAGCACUAUGAGUCUGAAUAUCAUACAAAUAAUGUCCGUCUUCGUGUUGACGGCAAGCGACCACUGACUACGCAGGAAUACAGACGUAUCCGAAUUGCGGAAAACAAUGAUGGCGACGAUGAAGAACAGCCUAUCUUUGCCUGCAAGCUGUGCAAAAAAACAUUCCACUCAGUGCAGACUCUCCAAGCCCAUGUUCGCUCAACGGCGCAUCUCAUGAAGAAAGAGCAGCGUAUCAUUGCACGUGAUUCAGACUCCAUGAGUGCCCUUACGAGUGUCUCUUUGGGAAGCGCUGCAAUGGGCUUGCACCGCCGUCACAAUGCAAAGCGGGCAAAACCGCCCACCCAGGCGUCGAAAUCCAAGAAUGUGGCGAAGGUUCAACUGGAUGAACGUGAGGAGGAUGUCAGUGAGGUGCGGUGUCUCUUUUGUGGUCGCUUGUCGGAUGGUGUGGAGGCCAACUUGCAGCACAUGAAAACUAUUCAUGAGUUUAGUGUACCGCUUUCACACAGGUGCUGUGACGUGGUAGGACUGUUGGAGUAUCUUGCUCGCAAAACAAACGGUUUAUUGUGUCUUGUUUGCGGCGAAAAGACGAGAAUGUUUGAUUCUCUAGAGGCACUGCGGGCACAUAUGCGGGAAAAGAACCAUGAGCGCAUUAUUCUUGGCCCUGAGUAUGACGAGUUCUAUAGUAUCAGCCUUGCUGACGCCGACUGCGGUGCUUGGAUAGACCCCAACACCGCUGAGUUGAUCCUUUCUGACUCUCGACGCGUAGCUCAGCGCAAGGAGAGCGAGGUGCCUCGACCAAGAAAGAAGGAAAGCGACACACAAGCUGAAAAGCGCCGAGCGAUUCUUGCGGCCGACCAGGAGGCAAUGGCAAUGGCGCGGAAAGAGCGCCAAGAGGUGCUGCGUGUGAAAAACAAGGAAGCGCAAAAGAUUUUGAAGCUCCAGGAUGGCCAGUAUCAGGAGCACCUGCUCAAGGUGAAUCUGCGAAGCAACAAGCUGCAUCUAAAGGGAUACGAUGGAGAAGGUAAAGUGAACUAG